CAUGACGGUGCCUGAGUCAGUGCACAGCAUAAAACCAAGAGAGAGACAGAUUUUUUAGGCUGGGCUUUACAAUCAGCAUAUGGUCGUGAGACGCUCAACGCUGAAACAUUGCAAAGAAGAAAACGAUAGAAACAAAGGAGAGGAACGAGAGCGCGCUGAGACACUGGUGUUGUUGUUUGAAUGAGCUCAGUGAAGUCUCUCCCGGGACACAGUAUGUGACGGGGGGUGCACAAAACGUCACUACACCUGCUGCGGGCUGGAAUAAAUGCACGAUAGAGAGAGAAAGAGAGAUGUCUCGUUUUCACUUUCUCAUUCGCACUAUAAAGAGCUUGCCAAGGCAACUCCACGUGAAUCAGAUUUCUGGGAAUAAUCGUCUGUUUGGAUAAGAAGGUUAUUGGGCGGAAAGAAAACAAACAACAAUGCCCCAACGACGCACCAUUCAUUCCUGGCGCUGCCUCUUGUUCACGCGGUCGUGCGGUAUUUCCCGGUUGAUUCCCAUUAUUGGAGAGUGUCAGUAGUAGGCGGUGACCGGAGCUGCAUGCCUGCUGCCGGUGUCUCGAGCUGACCCGAUUCCUACAGCCUGCCCCCGGUGUAGAUAUGACUUCCUGGCUACAUAAAUACGGUUACCCGAGUCUGCAUUGCGUGCUGCUCUGCGUGGUAUUGGCCGCUAACAUCAUCGGCGGGAGCUCUCAUUCCGGUGAGCGUGUAUGUUCGUCUCCUCCUGUCUCCUCGUGUUCAGAGUGCCUCCGACGCGGACCACAGUGUGCCUGGUGCUUUGAGGCGGGUUUCCUGGAUGGAGCGGAGGUGGGAGAGCGCUGCGACCUGGUGGGGAACCUGGCAAGGAGGGGGUGUGGCCUAGAGUUCAUAGAGCAUCCAGAGGUCAUGGUGGAGGUCAAUGCUACGACCAGCAGCACUCAGGUGUCACCGGGAGAGAUCACCCUCACACUCAGACCAGGUGCUGAGGCCAGUGUGAUAGUAGCAGUACAACAGUUAGAGAGGUAUCCUGUUGAUCUAUACUACCUGGUGGACGUAUCAGCAUCCAUGCAGGAAAACCUGGACCAGCUGAAGACGGUGGGCGUAGCCUUGUCCCACCGUAUGAGAGAACAUUCCAGUGAUUUGCGUCUGGGGUUCGGCUCCUUCGUUGACAAACCUGUCUCCCCCUACAUCAAUGUACACCCCUCUAAGAUAAAUAACCCCUGCAGUGACUAUGAGGUGAAGUGUCGCCCAGCCCAUGGCUUCCACCAUGUUCUUAGUAUGACGGCAAACAUGUCCGAGUUUACACGCAUCAUCAAGAGACAGAGGAUAUCAGGCAACAUGGACACACCAGAGGGAGGGUUGGACGCUAUGCUCCAAGCUACUGUAUGUCAGGGUGAGGUGGGUUGGCGUGGGGAGGCCAAGCGUCUGUUGUUGUUGAUGACAGACCAGCCUUCUCACCUGGCGUUGGACAGCAGACUGGCUGGUAUAGUCACACCCCACGAUGGCCUCUGCCAUCUGGAGAACAACGUCUAUAUGGAGAGCACUACCAUGGACCAUCCCAGUUUAGGCCUGUUGGCUGAGAAGCUUCUAGAGAACCACAUCUACUCUCUCUUUGCUGUGGAACAACUACAAUAUCAGUGGUAUGAGGAGUUGGUCAGGUUGCUACCAGGCUCCAAUCUCCUGUUCCAGGCUCCCAAACUUAUAGACGUGGUGGUGGAUGCAUACAAGAGGUUGUUGUCAGUUGUCCAGGUGUCUGUGUCAGUGGAGGACACAGCAUUCAGCCGUUUCCUGGUCAGCGUCUCUCCUCUCUGUCCAGAAGGAUCUGUAUCCCACGACAACCGCAGCUGCUCCAACGUCCAGCCCAACCAGACGGUCUACUUCAACAUCACCAUUGGUCUGCACUCCUGUCCUGACGAUGAUGAUGACGACGUGGUCCAGGUCUUCGUCAGGCCCGUGGGUUACAAUGAGUCAUCCAUCAUCAAGGUUCACUCACGAUGUCGCUGUCACUGUGGACCGGACUGGCAUUGCCACGACGAUACCACACAUCAGUCAACGUGUGGUGAGGUCACCCCAGAUACAGACCGUAAUAAUCAAGACAUGAACAAUCGGGACAUGCACACACACACACCGGACCUAGACCCAGAGCACACACACACACGCCCUCACACACACACACCGGACUUAGACCCAGAGCACACACCCACACGCCCUCACACACACACACACACACCGGACCUAGACCCAGAGCACACACCCACACGCCCUCACACACACGGACCGGAGUGGUCACGGCAGUGUCGUGCGGAGGGAUCGGGGGUGGACUGUAACGGUCGGGGAGUGUGUGUGUGUGGGAAGUGUGUGUGUGAGAGGAACAGUCUAGGAACAGUGUAUGGACAGUACUGUCAGAUGGACGACUACUCCUGCCCCUACCAACACGGACUACUGUGUGGAGGGCGAGGUAUGUGUGUGUCUGGUGAUUGUGUAUGUGAAGAGGGCUGGACAGGAGAGAGCUGCAGGUGCCCAGUCUCUACGGCAAUCUGCCUGUCCGACAACGGGUUGCUAUGCAGCGGGCGUGGCAGGUGUGUGUGUGGCAGAUGUGUGUGUGACAACCAUCAAUAUUCCGGAGCAUUUUGUGAGAGAUGUCCCACCUGCCACAGCUCCUGUCAGUCACACUGGAGGUGUAUAGACUGUCACUUGUCUCACGGUCUGUCUCAGAGAGAGGCUGGGGAGUGCAACCAUACCUGCAUCCCAUUAGUGGGUUAUGUCAAUGAUGUCACAGUCCUACUAGGCCAGGUAUGGAGACAGUGUGUAUAUAAGAAAGACAACUGUUACUAUCGCUUCCACACUGCACUUGUCUCAGGAAAUACUCUUCUACAUUUCAACACACAACCUGAGUGUGUAUCCAGUAGGCGGUAUGUGGGGACCUUCCUCAGUGUGUGUGUGCUGACAUUCCUCCCUGGCUUGGUGAUGCUGGCUGUGCUGGUGCUGCUCCUGCACAGACGAUCAUUGCCACAGGGUGGCGCCACUGAUCAACAAUACAACCCCACUGGCAAGGAUCUGUCACACGUCCCAAAGACCAAUGAGAAGACGGUAUCCUACAGGAGGGACCGCCCCCCGGGCCCUGACCGACCAAUGGAGAUGCAUAUCACCGUUCCCAAGAUGCCCCUGGGCGAACCCUGGCAGUAAGGGGUCAGGGGUUAGAGGUCAACGGUUGAAGUGGGCCAAUGCUGACCGGUACAAAAAAGCAGCAACUCUAAUGUUAUACUGCUUGAGAACCAGCACCUGUGAAAUGCAGGUACAGUAAAAUGACAGUGAGCAGGGCAACAGGAAUCUUCUCUCAGUACACUUGCACUGGUUACAAGUUAGGGGAAGGAUAGUAAAUCAUGAAAAACUGGACAGAGUAACACUCCAAACAGGAGUCUUGUUACUGAUACUGUAAUAUUAUGUGGCUUUAUGGACUGGCAGCCAUUGAAAGGUACUGAACAUUGAUCGAUUUAUCAAUGCUAAAUAUUUAUGCUUUUAUUACAGAGAACACUACAAGUUUAUUAGUUUACUUGAUCUCUCUCUCUCUCUCUCUCUCUCUACUCAACCUGUAUGUCCUGUGUUAGCUGGCCACCUAGUGGUCAGUGGUGAAACGACAUAACAGAAUGGGAUGAAUGAAUAAUUGGAUGAAGGAAUGAAUGAAUGAAUGGAUGGUGACCUUGCACCAGCAGUAAUGUGUGAAUAUGUGACACUCCACAAUCAUUACCUUUUUUUUAACCUACCGCCAGAUCUACUUGAUUUCUUUAUUUUAUGUGCCUGGCAUAACUGGAGUUUUGAGAGGACAGGUAGCCUCCAACAGUUGUUCAUGUACAGUACCGGUAUCUAGUUUUAAUAUUUGAAACAAGCAUUAAUUUUAAAUUAGCAUACUUGUGGAGAGACAGUAGAGAUUUGCACUAGCAUCGUUACGUAGCAUGAUAGGUCGUAGUGUUGUCAGACUACUGAGCGCUAAUUGGCUCCUGAACUAUUGGGAAGGCUGCUGAUUGGCUCCUAAACUACUGGGAAGGCUCCUGAUUGGAUCCUGAACGUUCCAUAUUACACUUCUAUCUACAAGAAUUCCAGUAAACAAAACUAUGAAUAAUAUUUAAUAAUGCAUUUGUUGCAUGUUCAGUUUUUCUUUACAUCUGAUGUUUUGAUGUUUACAGCAUUCAUUAGCUGCUAAUUUAUUUAGUCCAUAACACUAAUAUUAUUAUUUAUUGUGAUUUAAAAAACAAAAUGUUUAUUGUAAUUUUUGUAUUCUAUUUUUAAUUAAAGGUACUGACUGGCUACAGGGCUGUAAUAUUACAGGAUUGUAGCUCAAUGUUAAAUGAAUCAGCAAUUAUAAAAAUGAUCUCUCUAACUGGCAGACUUGGGUCAAAUACUUUCAAAAACUGGUAUCACAUUAUUAGAAUGGUACCCAUUGUCUCACGUCAGAAAGCUUGACAACCUUGUCUGCAUAGUUCAUGGCCAGUCUGAAGACAAUGAAGGGCUCCUACAGCACAUUUGGAAAGUAUUCGGACCCCUUGACUUUUUCCACAUUUUGUUACGUUACAGCCUUAUUCUAAAAUUGAUUCAAUUAUUUAAUUUUCUCAUCAAUCUACACACAAUACCCC